AUGACAGAACCCAAAGUUCCAUUUGGAAAGCAAUUUAGACAGAAGUACUUCGCAAAAUUAGACCCUAAUGUUGUUAAUGUUAAUCAUGGAUCGUUCGGCUUAACCCCGGACUUGAUUUUAAAUUCCUAUUUAAAGAAUAUUGAAAAGCAAAGCUUAUUUCCUGAAAAAGCGAUAAGAUACGAGAACAGAGACGAUUAUGUUAAGGCCUUAAAAUUGGUGGCCGACGAACUCUUAUUAAAUUGUGACUACCAUAAUUUGGCUAUUUUGGAGAAUUCCAGUACGGCAAUUGAUACAAUUUUGAGAUCUUAUCCAUUUGUUAAAGGCGACAAAUUUGUAAUUUCGUCAACAACUUACAGGGCAUGUGCUAAUACUGUUAAGUUUUUGGAGAAUAGGAUUGGAAUUGAAGUUAUCUUAAUAGAACUUAAUUUUCCUUUAACCAAUGCUGAAAUUUUAGACAAAUUUAGAGAUGAAUUCGAAAAGAACUCACCGAAAUUAUGUUUAUUCGAUAUAGUAUCAUCUCAACCUGCCAUUAGAUUUCCCUUCGAGAAAAUCACGGAAUUGUGUAGAGAAUAUGGUGUAUUAUCUCUUGUUGAUGGUGCUCACGGUAUUGGUCUUGUCGAAUUGUCGUUAAAAGAUUUAAAGCCUGACUUUCUUGUCACGACCUUGCAUAAGUGGCUUUAUGUUGAAAGGGGAUGUGCAGUUCUUUAUGUUGAUCCAAAGCAUCAGAGAAAGAUUCAUACAAUGCCUAUUUCUUUCUCCUAUUUAGAUGAUAAUGAACCCUUAGAAACUGAAGAAUUGAAUAAAAUGAGAUUCAUCAAUACAUUCCACUAUACUGGAACAAAAAAUAAACCGAAUAUUCCUAUUAUUGGAGAAGCUAUUCUGUUUAGGAAGGAUAUAUGUGGGGGUGAAUCUGUAAUUCGAAAAUACUGUGAAGGUUUAAGCCACGAGGUUGUUGAACUAUUUACUAAAAAGAUUUGGCCUGGUACUACUUACUUAGAUAAUGAAGACGGUUCAGCAAUUACGGCAAUGGUCAACAUAGAAAUCCCUAUAGAGCAAUAUGCUACAAAAGACUUUGAUAGAAGUGAUUUGAAACGAUAUUUGCUUUAUCUCGAGGAACGUAUUUGUUUUAAGCAUAAUACUUUCGUCCCUUUUAGCGUUAACAAUGGCAAAGCAUACGCUAGAUUUUCAUGUCAAUUAUAUAAUGACAUAGAUGACUACAUUUAUGCUGGAGAGAUAAUCCUGAAGGAACUUAAGGAAUUUUUCGAUAAUGAAGUAUACAACGAUUUAAAGUCUACGCCUAAAAGUGGGGCAGUCUUUUUGGCGGUAGACAAAUUAUCCAUUAAAUAG